AUGAACCGUGUGGAGGCUCAGAAGUUCAGGGAUAAGCAGAUUUCCCAGAAAUAUAACCUCAUACACUUGCUGCCGACGCUAAAUGUACCAGAAUUAUCGGGACUGUACUUGAAGAGCUUCCUUACUGCCACGAAGCGUUACCAGUUACAACUACCGUCUCUUAUUGGAGAAUCAGAGGCUAAGUUCUGUGGAUCAUGCGGCUGUGUGAGAAUACCCCAGCGUAAUUCCCGAUUAUCAGUCAUCGAGGAAGUAGAAGCCAAUGUGCCAUCAAGAAAGCUUCAAUACACAUGCCUUCAUUGCAAACAUGCGGCUACGUUCCCGCUUGUAGAGCUCUCGAAGGAAUCUGUUCCAGAUCAGGAACCAACCAGUGAGAAGUUUACAGCAACUUGGCCACGACGGGAGAAAGUAGCAGGCAAAGUUGAGAAGAAUAGCUCAAAGAUAAGAGCCAAGAAGAGGAAAAUGAACUCUUUAUCUAGUCUUCUCUCCAAGAAGAAUGAAGAGAGGGAGAAACGCAGUUCAUCAUCAUUAAGCUUAGAGAGUUUCAUGCAACGGAAAUAA